AUGCGUCUCGAAAGGGUAGCAUACAAAAAAAUUGCGGGCCACCUCGACAAAACAGAGCUUGCCUGCCGGCUUCACUACCACCAGCUAUCACACGGUAAUAACCGCCGCAAACGCAACAACUCGAUAUCAUCAACCUCAUCAAACGCUUCAGUAACUAGUCCCGCAGCCUCCCCCAGCAGCAGCUCGACACCACUGGCCAAGACCCGCUCGUCAAGUCCGACAAUAUCCUCCUUCUCACCCGUCAAUGCCUCGGGUGCUAUCCAGAAGGUGGGAACCACGGCGCAACCAAAGAUAAAGGGCAAGCCAUUACUGCCAAAGCCCCACGGCUCGACGGGACCGACCUCGUCCACCUCUCCGGGGAAGAACCCAGGGAGCAACAAAGCGAAGCAGCUGCGGGUGGAUUGCAGCCCAGACGCAAUUGACAAGGACAAGCUCAUUCGUAUCGUGGAGAAGCAGAGGGCCAUGUUCUGGGAAUCGGUGGCGACCCAAUACGGCGGAUCCGUGGAUGCAGACUUCCUGCAAAAGUGUUGGCAGAAGGGCUUCACUUCCACUAGCUCUGCGACCACACCUACUUCGGCCAUCACAGCUCCUAGCUCUGCCAUCAGUGCCCUGACGACGACAACAACAACGACGCCAACAACAAACACAACCCCCAGCUCAGCUGUCACCGUCACACCCCUCACGCCUGCCAUCUCACCCUCUACCAAGGAGGCCGAAGAUGGAGCGCCCGGUGAGGACGGCGCGGCCAGCAGCAUUACUACCGUCAGCGAGGUAUCUACUCCCGAUUUGAGUCCCACGGCUUCAGUCAACGGGGAUUCGUCCACCAAGGAUGACAUGAUGGAGGAAGUCGAAGAAACCAGGAAACUCGAGCCCUCGUUGACGGCAGCAGCGAGAUCGGUCGACUGUGUUAUGAGAGACUAG